UCUGCAGUUCCUGUUUAAUCUCGGCGUGGCGAGCAGCAGCUGACGUUUCAUUUCGUAGCCUUCCACAUCCGUCACUGCUGUUAUUGACUAUCAGGGGCACGCCGUCGGAGGAAAAAGUCAUCUACGAAGAGAUUCUGCCCGAAUCUGUAACAUUAAACGCGCGAAGCGGAAGACAACGUAGGCGAAGGCAUGGCCCCCAAAACUGUCGCUAUCGGCCACGGCUUUUCCGCGUUGCUGAUCAUUAUUAGCAUCUUUUUAAACUUGUGGGCAGCAAGGACCCAACCGGUCGUCCCCUGCCAGGCCCCGCUGCAAUGGGAGGGCCGCACGGUGGAAUACGAGCAUAGCAGUGGCAGAAAUAUCCGCGCCAUGGUGUCUUACGACAGUCCCAACCAGCGCCUCCGUAUUCUGGAAGAAAAAAAGAGGUUUAUCCCUUGCAAAAAAUUUUUUGAAUACAUAUAUCUUUAUAAGGAUGCAGUGAUGUAUCAGAUUGAACAACUGACAAAGCUAUGUUCCAAGAUUUCUUUGAGUGAGCCUUGGGAUCCUUAUGACAUUCCUGACAACUCAACUUAUGAAGAUCAGUACUACAUCGGGGGACCAGAUGAUAAAAUUAUGGUCCAGGAAUGGUCUGACAGGAAGCCAGCUAGGAAAUUUGAAAAUUGGGUGGGAGUUUACACAAUCAAGGACUGUUAUCCAGUUCAGGAAACCUACACCAAGAACUAUAGUGUGACAACCUCCACUCGUUUCUUUGACCUCAAGUUUGGGAUAAGUGACCCAUCUGUUUUCAUCCCUCCCAGCACUUGCCAGACAGCUCAAUCAGAAAAAAUGACUUAUGUAUGCUGAUGGUAGCUCUACAGUACAUAUGUAAGCUUGAUAUGUAUUAUUAAUAACUAGCUGCUAAUGUCUAAUAUGACUGUUGCACUUUGCAGAUGCAGGUUCUAACAGAAAAGAAAUGGAAUAAACUCAUAUCUUUUGAG